CUCUCUCUCUCUCUCUCCAUCUCAUCAACAGGGUCCUCUCUUUCUCUCUCAUGGUUCCCUCCUUUUGAGAAUCAGUUAUCUACCUUCAAUUCCUACUUAAUUUACCAACAAUUCUCUCAGUUUCAAUCAAUUUGUUCCACUUACGACGAUUUUCUGCAGACCCAACUCAUCAAUGGCCAAUCUCAACCUCUCUCUCUCCCUCCUCCUCCUCCUCCUCCUCUGUUCCUCUCUCAAACCCACUGAAAGCCUCUGGUGGUCUUCAUCUCCUCCCCCCUCAAACAACAACCCCAAGCCCGCUGAAUUCUCAAUAUCGCAGGGGUUUUCGGGCGAAAGGGGGCUAAAAAUAGUGGAGGAUGCCAAGAGGAAGAUGGUGAUGGCGAACACUUGUUGGCAGAGUUCAUACAGGGCCCUGUUUGAGAGUUGUUCGGCGGUGUUGUCCGAUGAGGAGAGGAAGAGGAGGUUGGCUUGGAUGCUCAGUGAUUGCUUCCAGAUUGAAUCGGGUCGGCCGGCGUUCCCGGGUUGCAAGAAGGAGAGUUCUAUGCUGCAGUGUUUGAAGAGGUUGAAUGAUGGAGAGCAUAAGGUUUUUCUUGAGUUUUUCAUGGAGACUAAUGCAAUAUGUCACCAGUUACAGAGUGAAUCAUUCAAACAUGAAACGGAGAGAUUGGUCAAUGAACUAGCAAAAUCAGCACAUUAUGCAGAAGACAAGCUGGACAUCAUCAACGAAAAAUCCGACCAACUUUUACAAGACUCAAACCAAAUCCAUGAUUCCUUAUCUUCAAUACACGAAGAAACAGAACAAUUAGUCCAAACAUCCAAAGAUGCCAAAUCUCAGAUUGAUGAUGUAUUAGAAAACUCUCAAGCCAUAUUUCAACAAUCAAAGCGCAUUACAGAAACCCAAUUGGAACUAAAGGAAUCACAAUCAGAGAUGAUAGAUGCAGUAAAAUUAGGCAUAGAUUUUUUGGAGAAAUCCUAUAAGAGUUUAGGGAAUGAAAUGAAUAACUUGAUGAAAGAAACUGUCAAAAUUGAGACGGAGAUUAAAGAGGUCGGUGAUUCUAUGGUGUCGAAAAUGCAAAAUCUUCAGGGUACUGCGAAUAAUAUCGAGAGCGUUGCAGGAUCAUCAUUGAUGAAGCAGAUGGAACUUCUAGAAGGACAGAAUGAUGCUCUUGAAGGCCUUGAUGCGUUAAAGAAGUUUCAGUCUGAAGCUAUCAAAGAAAGCAGGGACACUUUGGAAAAAUUUUCAGAGUACGGCCACAAACAGCAUGAGGAAUUAAUACGACGACAAGGAGAAAUCCAAAAAACUCACGACCAUCUGUAUGAAACUUCACAGGCUAUAUUAGAAGCUCAGAGGGAGUUUGAAUUGAAACAGUCAGACAUUUUCAGUAUGCUUGAAAAGCUAUAUGCGUUAUACAAAGCUAUCUUGGAUGAAUCCAGAUUUAUCAAAGCAUUUUUCUUCUACUCAUGUAUUAUCAUUCUUCUAUAUAUGCUGACAAGUGCUAAACAGACUUUUCAUAAAAGAGUGCAUCUUUAUUUAGGUCUUUGCAUCACAUUGUUGCUCGAGAUGGCAAUCAUUAAAUACAAAACCAGUGAUGUGAUAAUUGAGAAAAUUUGGCUUGCAAGAUCUACUUUUCUAGUUGUUGCUUCGAUCCAAAUUCUACAUUCUAUCUUUACGUAUAGAGAUUACGAAAUAAUGAGCCAUCAAUUGCUACAAACAUUAAUGGAAAAGGUCUGCAUGCUAGAGAAAAACUCGGGAAUGAAGUCCUUGUCUAUGGUUAUGGAUGGCGACGAUGAUGAUAGUUGGAGUCACUAUUCAUGGAUUGAUGAGGAGUUGCCAGAAGAUGUAGACAUCAAUGAAGAUCCUAGUUACUAUCCUGAGGAAGUUGCAGAAAAUUUUAAGGCUACAGCCUUGAUUGCAAAAAGUUAUGAUCUUCGCCCUCGGCGGUGCAGUCAGAAAUAAAUUUGUGUGAUUUUUUUAAUGUGUUUUUAAGAGAGUAGAAGACUACAUGUAAAUUUUUAUCAUUAUAUUCCUCAUGAACUGUAAUACACGAAGUUUUGUACAAAUUAAAAUGAACC